CUGUAGUAUGUAGUCUUGCAUCGCGCUCAACACUCUGAACACUGCAUUGUGACAUUACCCAUAGCAGAGUACAGUUUCAACACAUUCUGUAAAAAAUACCAAUAUCAUCAUGGCCGACAUGGAAGUGGAUGAAGCACCCCCGGCCUCGCCCAAUGAACCUCGCAAGGGUGGCCUUGACGAUGCGCGCACGACUGAGAACGCGACUGCUGUACGAAGCAUUGAAGGAUGGAUCAUUAUCGCCACCAAUGUUCACGAGGAAGCUGUAGAGGAGGAUGUGACUGAUCUCUUCGCCGACUAUGGUGACAUCAAGAAUAUUCACAUGAAUUUGGAUCGCAGAACAGGAUUCGCCAAGGGCUAUGUUUUGAUCGAGUAUCCAACCUUGGAAGAAGCCAAAGCUGCAAUCGAAGGCGCAAACGGGAAGCAGCUCAUGGAGCAGACCCUCAAAGUCGACUUUGCUUUCGUUCGACCUCCGCCUGCGAAAACGCAGACCGGACCGAAGACUGGUAGAAAGAGCGGCAGACAGCGGAGUCGAAGCCCGGGAGAGCGACGAGGUGGCCGCGAUGGCGAAGACGACGAUUGAAGCACUGGAUAAGCAGUUGCGCUGCAAAGAUAUGGCAGGCAUUGCCAGUUGUGCUAUACUGAGGAAGUUUUGGUAGUUGCUAGUCACCGGAAAUUGCAGCAAGUUUGCUUCCAGAUUGUCUUGAUGACGGUACAUUUCGCGUGACAUCCCAUAUCACUAUCUUUCGUGCCACGCAUUUUAUUCGCCGCACGAGUACUUGACCCGCGAAAGGCUCUUAUCGCUGCAAAUCAGAUCCUCA